AUGGUUCACCUUGCAACUACUCUCAUUACCGCCGUCGUUGGCGUGGCCAGCCUCGUCUCCGCGCACCCUGGCCAUAAUGUCAAGGCUGAAGCUGCCGAGCGUGCGGCUGCUUUGAAGAGCAUCCAUGCUCGUGGUGUUUCGCAGUGCUCUAGUGCCUUGCAGGCUCGUGGUCUCGAAAAGAGCAAUAUCGCUCGUCGUGAGCGCACUCUGCAGCAGCUGCGCCAGAAGCGUGGACUUGAUGCUCGCGCUCCUCUCACGGCCCGUGACACCUCCCCUCUGAACGAGACUCACCAUUCCUCUAUGGAUGUCAACCUCUCUACCGAUCCCUCCGUGCUGUUUGCUUCGGAGGGAUCUUGUGUCCUGGCCGCGGAUGUUACCCAGGGUCCUUACUACGUGACGGGCGAGUUGAUUCGCAGUGCGAUUGCCGAGUCCCAAGAGGGAGUGCCACUCUACCUCGACGUCCAGCUCAUCGACUCGACCACCUGCAAGCCUGUUCCCGAGGUCUACCUUGACUUCUGGCACUGCAACGCCACUGGUGUCUACUCUGGCAUCAUCGCCUCUGGAAACGGCAACUCCGACGACGCGUCGAAUAUCGAUACGACCUUCCUGCGCGGUCUGCAAAAGACCGACUCCGAAGGUGUUGCCUUUUUUGAGUCGAUUUUCCCAGGGCACUAUACUAGCAGGGCAACUCACAUCCACGUUCUGACUCACCCCAUCAAUGAGACCACCGUGAACCAGAACAACAACACCAUUUCCGGCCUUUACACCUCCCACACGUCUCAUGUCGGCCAGAUCUUCUUUGACCAGGACCUGAUCUCCGCUGUGGAGGCUACGGAGCCCUACGCCAGCAACACUCAGGAUCUGACUGUCAACGCCGAUGAUAGCAUCUUGUCGCAGGAACUAGAGAGCGAUAUCGAUCCCUUCGUCGAGUACGUCUAUCUUGGCAAGGAUGUGUCUGAUGGUAUCCUGGCUUGGGUUUCCGUCGUCAUGGAUGCCUCUGAAGAUUCCGACGUCACCCCCGCGGCUUACUACACGGAAGAGGGCGGUUUUGAGAACGAGAGCAGCGGCGGCAGCAUGGGUGGUGGCUCUGCCCCCAGCGGUGCGAUGCCCAGUGGGAUCGCCCCAAGUGGCUUUCCCUCUUCUUAG